AGGCACGCAACACUGAGCUACAGCCAGCUCUCGACAUCCACCUCCCUCACCUCACCCCCCUCUGUAGAGCUUUUGAAAAGAUGGCUGAAGCUCCUAUUGUGCUCGACGGCGGUACUGGUUUCCUCAAGGCGGGUUAUGCCGGGCAGAACUUCCCAGACCACCAGUAUCCGUCAAUAGUCGGCCGGCCCAUUCUACGAACCGAGGAGCGGGAUGGCGGUGACAUUCAGCUCAAGGACAUCAUGUGCGGUGACGAGGCGGCAGCAGCGCGCUCAAUGCUUCAGAUUACCUACCCGAUGGAGAACGGUAUCGUGAAGCGUUGGGACGACAUGCAACAACUGUGGGACUACACUUUCCACGAGAAGAUGAAGAUUGACCCGACGGGCCGCAAGAUCCUGCUCACGGAGCCGCCUAUGAACCCUCUCAAGAACCGCGAGACCAUGUGCGAGGUCAUGUUUGAACGCUACGGGUUCGGGGGAGUCUACGUGGCUAUUCAGGCCGUGCUUGCUCUGUAUGCGCAGGGUCUCUCGUCUGGAGUGGUUGUGGACUCUGGCGACGGUGUGACACAUAUCGUUCCCGUGUACGAAAGCACCGUGCUCAACCACCUCACUCGCCGUCUCGAUGUGGCCGGACGAGAUGUAACGCGCAACCUCAUUGCCCUGCUGCUACGAAGAGGAUACGCGCUCAACCGAACGGCGGAUUUCGAAACGGUGCGUCAGAUCAAGGAAAAGCUCUGCUACGUGUCUUACGAUCUCGAGCUGGACCAGCGGCUCAGCGAAGACACGACAGUGCUGGUCGAGUCGUAUACGCUGCCGGACGGGCGGGUGAUUCGAGUGGGCAGCGAGCGCUUCGAGGCUCCCGAGUGUCUGUUCCAGCCGCAUCUGGUGGACGUGGAACAGCCUGGUAUCGCCGAGUUCCUGUUCAACACGAUCCAGGCUGCAGACGUGGAUGUCAGGAGCAGUCUGUACAAGGCGAUUGUGCUCAGUGGCGGCAGCAGCAUGUACCCGGGUCUGCCCAGUCGGCUGGAGAAGGAGCUCAAGCAGCUGUGGCUCACCAAGGUGCUGGGGGGCAACCCAGAGCGACUCAACAAAUUCAAGGUGCGCAUCGAGGAUCCGCCGCGGCGAAGGCACAUGGUGUUCCUGGGAGGGGCGGUGCUGGCGAACAUCAUGGCGGACAAGGAGAACAUGUGGAUAUCAAAGGCCGAGUGGGAAGAGCAGGGUGCACGUGCGCUGGAGAAGCUCGGGGCAAGAGGAUAGAUAGUAGAGGCCGACAGUGCAGUCCAGCAAGCAAUGCAACCCAUUCACGG